AUGGAGAAUAUCAAACAUCCUGGAGGCCCACCACGACAUAAGGGGCCAAACUGGAAAGAAAUUUUUGCCGGAGAAACUUGUAAAAAAUAUGCGUUUUGGUUUCUGAUCGGCUUUUUAGCUGCAUUAACUAUUAAAGAUGUCGUAGAAUUGAUCAUGGAAUACGUAAGCGACCCCAAAGAUACAGAUUUUACAAUUGUUUUUAACGAAUCGAUGACUAUGCCGAACAUCACAUUUUGUAUGUCGCGGCAACAAGGAAUGAGCCAUUUCAACAUUGAUAAUUUGACGGAAACACCAGAGGAAUGGGACGCCAUUGUCCAAGAAAAAUUGGUAAAUAUGUCUGACAGAGAAUCAUUUUUAAAAGAACCAUGGGAUUUUCGUGUUGUUAUGGAUGCUUAUGAGGUUGUUGCUUAUUUAAGUUCUAUUGAACGUGAGGUGACAGCACAUGGCGCAGCCAGAAACAUUGAUCUGUUCAGAACCCAUCCACGUCUGAAAGCAAAACGAGAACAACUGAAAGUAUUUUUGGGCGCCAUAAAGGAGCGAAAUGUUACGUUUCAAGAAUUUACACAAAAAACUGGGAUUGAAGUAUUAAGACGAUCAGUGCAACGUUUCCAACGGUUUCAUUAUGAUGAAGACAUUGUGGUGAAAACAAAGCCAAGAAUAACUUGGAUUUCUACGAAACAGAUGUGUUUUCAACCAGAAUAUGACCAAGAUAACUUUUUGCCAAUUACAGACCAGGGAAAAUUUUUUAUUUUGAUGUUAUCACAUAAUACAGCAAAUUUGGCAGAUAAAAAUGUGGAUUGUAUGAUAAUUGACGUUCAUGGCAGGCCCAGUUCAUUAGCUCGAUUUAUGCAAGGAAAGGCUCAAGUAAUGGACGGUACACGACACGAUCUGUGCUUAGGAUCUUAUCAUGAGGUCAGUGUUGAUGUACGAGCCAAAUAUCAGAUGAUUGAAAAUGAUGAAGAAGGGACCGCAUGUCAUGAGUUUGAAGAAGGUGAAGACAACGAAUUUGAAUGUUACAGUCGCUGCAGAAUGGAAACGAUUCGAGGAUUUUGUGAGUGUACACCGUGGUCUUUGUCGUAUUUGGUCACCGAUGAUUCUGAAUUCGACAAAUAUCCUCUAUGCGACUACACAAAAUGCGAAGUUGAUGUUCAAAGAGGGAACUAUAGUGAUCAAGAAUGUACAAAAAAAUGCCGUCGAGACUGCUCGCAGAUUCGUUACAAUGUCCAUCUGGAAACAAAAGGCCGAAUGGCGCGGGACGAUUUGACACUAAUUGAAGUGCAUUGGAGCUCAUUCGAAUACCUGAACUUGGAACAACAAAGAAAAUACACAAUUGUCACAUUUGCAGCAGCUCUUGGAGGUUCUAUAGGCGUUUGGCUUGGUCUUUCUGUGUUGAGCUUAAUGCAGCCAAUUAAAAAAGUUGGGUCAAGAUCAUCAGCUCUCAACGACGAAAAAAACAGCAGUCCUCGAGGCAGUCGACUGUCUAUAAACCCGUUACCACAUGAAAUAGCAACGAAUCCUUUUGCCAGUCCGUUCAGAGCUUCUCAGUCGAAACACGAAGAAGAUAAUGUAAGCGAUGUGGGUCCACUAGAAGGUGGAACUAACAAUACGGUAGCUGUACUUCGACAUAACAAAAGGGGGUCAUUGUGA